AUGAAAUUUGCAGAGAGACACCCACUUUCUUCUUCUUCUUUUAAAAUUUGAUUUUUUUUUUUUUAGAUUUUUGAGUAAAAUCUUCUAUUUUUUUCUUCAAUUUCUAGUCCCUUGAUUUUAUAAUGAGAAGCUUGAAUCCUUGGAAUUAGAUCCUUAUAACCUAAAUUUCAUCAAAUUAUUGCCCCCUUUCCCCCCCCCCCCCAAAAUUUUCCCAGACUCAACUCAGAUCCACCUUCAAACAAUUCAGUCUCCUUAUAAUCUUCAAAAACCAAUUUUCUUUUCCCUCAAAAUAAAGAUACCCAGAUCUUCAAAACACCAAAAAAUUUAGAAAAAUUCUAUAAACCAUGAAAACCAAUUCGAGAUUCUUCACGAUCGGGCUAGUAGCAUCCUGGUACUCAUCCAAUAUUGGCGUAUUGUUAUUAAACAAGUAUUUACUAAGCAAUUAUGGCUUCAAAUACCCAAUUUUCUUAACCAUGUGUCACAUGACAGCUUGUUCAUUGUUAAGCUAUAUCGCGAUUGCAUGGAUGAAAAUGGUACCAAUGCAAACGAUUCGAUCUAGGGUUCAGUUCUUGAAGAUCUCGGCUUUGAGUUUAGUCUUUUGUGUGUCGGUGGUGUUUGGGAAUAUCUCAUUGAGGUACUUGCCGGUUAGUUUCAACCAGGCUAUCGGUGCUACGACGCCGUUUUUCACGGCGGUCUUUGCUUACUUAAUGACUUUGAAAAGGGAGGCUUGGCUUACUUACCUUACACUUGUGCCUGUUGUUACUGGUGUUAUCAUUGCCAGUGGGGGUGAACCGAGUUUCCAUCUAUUUGGUUUCAUCAUGUGCGUUGCAGCUACCGCAGCAAGAGCUCUCAAGUCGGUUUUACAAGGAAUUUUACUUUCUUCCGAAGGCGAGAAGCUGAAUUCCAUGAACCUCCUUCUCUACAUGGCACCGAUAGCUGUUGUGUUUCUGCUUCCGGCAACGCUCAUUAUGGAAGAAAACGUGGUCGGUAUAACCAUUGCCCUUGCUAGAGAUGACAUGAAGAUCGUUUGGUAUCUAAUAUUCAAUUCAGCACUCGCUUAUUUCGUGAAUUUGACCAACUUUUUGGUCACAAAACACACCAGCGCCCUCACUUUGCAGGUUCUAGGAAAUGCAAAAGGAGCAGUAGCUGUGGUGGUUUCUAUUUUAAUUUUUAGAAACCCAGUUUCCGUCACCGGAAUGCUCGGUUAUACACUCACAGUAUUUGGGGUUAUACUCUACAGCGAAGCCAAGAAACGAAACAAAUGAGACUAUCCUGGGAAAACACGGUACGUACGUUACUGGUCAUAUAUUUCGUUUCCUUUUAUUGCAAAGAAUGUCGACAAUGUUCGGAGAGGAUGAUGUGGUAGCAACAUGAUGACAUGGAUUUUGCACCUUAGAUUCUUUUAAAAUUUUCCCCAAAAAGCCUGGGAAACUGGUUUUUUCGUAUUUUUUUAUCGAUGACAUUAUGCAGGAUUAGUCAACCAUUAGGAAACUCGAAUAAGUGCCGGAUUUGGUCGAUUUUCAUUUUUAUGUUUUUUUUUUAAAUUCUUUUAGGAAAAGAGAACAAAAAAAAGGUUGUAGAAUUGGUCUUUACAUAGUGUUAUCUGUUAUUAAGAUUUCUAAUAUUGAUUAUUAAUGGAAAAAGGAAAAAAAAAUCAUAAUUUUACCA